AUGGAUGGUGCGAAAGAGUCCCGGCCCUCUCUGAGGAAGAUCCGCUCCUCCAAGGCGUUCAUAUUCACAGUCAUCAAUUUAGCCGUCUUCACGGACGCCUACCUGUAUGCUCUGAUCAUCCCCGUCCUGCCAUUCGCUCUGGUCGAAAGGGUACAACUCCACCAGGACGACGUACAACGAUGGAUCGGUAUUUUACUUGCAGCGUACGGAGGCGGUCUUCUCGUGGGAUCCCCAAUCGCUGCAUGGUUCGCGGAUCGAGGUGAAUCCCGUCAAGGCCCCUACCUCUGGGGCCUGAUUGCCUUGGCGGCGUCCACGGUGGCCUUUUCGUUGGGACAAUCGACGUCAGUGCUCUUGGUGGGAAGACUGGUUCAGGGAGCCUCUUCGGCUAUUGUGCAUACCGUGGGAACGGCCAUCCUGGCCGAUACUGUCGGCCAAGCGGGAGUCGGACCCGCCAUGGGUUUUAUCGGGAUGAGUAUCGCCCUUGGGGUGUUGGUCGGUCCCGUAGUUGGAGGUGUAUUGUAUCACAGCUACGGAUAUCUCGCCGUGUUUGUUUCCGGCUACGCGCUUGUUGCGCUAGACUUCCUCCUACGCAUACUCAUGCUGCCAAGCCCAAGGAAGGUCAACAUUCAAGCAGACGCAACAUACGGGACGUUUUCCCACGACCGGGACAACGCCGAAACCCCACCAGAUGAAACGCAGCCCCGAGCGAGUCGCUCAUCAAGACCUCCACCCACAUCCUCCACAAACCCAUCACCACCUCCGACCCCCAAAGAAAUACCCCCCACGCACCGCCACCCAAUGCUAACCCUCCUGACCACGCCCCGCAUGCUCGCCGCCAUCCUCGCCGACUUCAUGCAAAGCGUCGUCCUCACCGGCCUCGAAACCAUCCUGCCCCUCCGCAUCAAGCUCCUCUUCCACUACAACUCCAAGCAGGUAGCCCUCGUCUUCCUCGUCCUGACCAUCCCCUCCUUCUCCGCGCCCGCCGUCGGCCUCCUCAGCGACCGAGCCGGCGCCAAACCCAUCGUCACCCUCGGCUUCACCGCCCUCGGCCCCUUGCUCGGCCUCCUCCGCCUCGUGACGCACGACUCCGGGGCCCAGGUCGCGCUCCUGUGCGCGCUGCUGCUGCUGAUCGGGGUGGCGCUGAGCGCGCUGGCGACGCCCGCGUUCGCGGAGGCCAUGUACGUCGUUGAUGACGCGGCGGCGGCGCGGCCGGGGGUGUUUGGGCCCAAGGGGGCGUACGCGCAGGCGUUUGGGCUGAUGACGGUGGCGUAUGCGGCGGGGUCGCUGGUGGGGCCGUUCGUGGGCGGGUUGAUGGCGGAGCGGGUGGGGUGGGACAGGGUGACGCUUGCGAGCGGGGUGCUCUGCGGGUUGUGCGCGUUGCCGUGUCUGUAUGCUACUGGGGGGAGGCGGCGGGCGGUAUCGUCGGUGGGAGGGCAGGAUUCGGGGUCUGGAAUGAGUGGGUGA